UAACCGGUCGGCGGCGAUAGCCAAAGGCAACGAAUAAACGGGCAGUGCUUGGUAGCGGACAAUUAUUGUAGUCGCGGGCAGCAAAGCCACCGGACCACCGCCGUCCUUGUUGCUCACUUGGCUGGCUGCUCGGCAAUUUGGACGCCGGCCGCUCGUUGCCGUGCCGGGGUUAUAAAAGUCAACACCCUCCGCCCACCACCCCUGUCUGCUAAGCUAAGCUCCUAAGCUAAAGGAAAGGUAACCCCACCCCCGCCCCCAACCUCCACCAUCGCCUGAUCGGCCGGCCGAUCGAUCCCCACCUCCGGGCGCUUCCUCCUCCUCCUCCUCCUCCUCCUCACCCCCGGCGCGGCGUUCUAUGGCCUACACCUCCUCUCUCCACCUCCCCAAGCACCUCCUCCUUCCCAGCCCCCGCCGGACAAGGCACCGCAGGCCGUCCUCCUUCGUCCCCGUCUCCGCGGCUGCCAACAAGAUCAACGGCGGCGUGAACGGCCAUCACGCGCCCGAGAAGCCGGCGUUGCCCAACGGCAAGGCGCCACAGCACAUCAACGGGCACGGCAACGGGCACGGCAAGAAGGGCGUCAACGGGCACGUCAACGGCCGCCAUGCGGGCAACAACCGGAUCCACCUCUCGGUGAGCACGGGCGGCGGCGGGGGCCAGGACGGGUCCGGGCUCCGCGUGGCGUUCCAGGGCGCGCCGGGCGCCUACAGCGAGUUCGCGGCCAAGACGGCGCUGCCCGGGUGCGAGACGGUCCCGUGCCGCGCCUUCGCGGACGCGCUGGCGGCCGUGGAGCGCGGCGCCGCCGACCGCGCCGUGCUCCCCGUGGAGUCCACCAUGGAAGGCACCGCGCUGCGGAACUACGACCUGCUCCUCCGGCACGGCCUGGUGGUGGUGCAGGAGAUCAACCUCUUCGUGCACUACUGCCUGCUGGCCAUGCCCGGUGUCCGCGCCGCCGAGGUGCGCCGCGUCAUCAGCCACCCGAUGGCGCUGGCGCACUGCGGCCGCGCGCUGGCCCGGCUCGGGGUGGACCCGGAGCCCGUGGAGGACACGGCGGGCGCCGUCGAGAUGCUGCGCUCGGGACGGAUGCUCGACACCGCCGCCAUCGCCAGCCCGCGCGCCGCCGACCUGUACGGCCUCGACGUGCUCGCGCACGGGCUCCAGGACGAGUCCUGGAACGUCACGCGCUUCCUGCUCCUCUCAAGGCCGUCGGCCGUCGCCGCGCUGCCCGUGGACGCCGCCGCAGGCGGUGCCACAAAGACCAGCAUGGUGGUCGCGCACCGGGGCGGCUCCAUGAUGGUGGUGCUCAAGGUGCUCUCCGCCUUCUCCUCCCGCGGCAUCAACCUCACCAAGCUGGAGGUCAUCAACAACGACGGCGCCGCGGCUGCCGACGCCGGAUCUGGCGCUGGCGCGCGCCCGCCCGUGGUGAUCCUGGACACGAGCGCCAGGGGCAAGCCGACGCUGCGCGCGUUCCCGCACGUCCUGUACGUGGACUGCGAGGGCGCCGCGCACGACCCGCGCGUCCACGAGGCCAUCCAGGAGAUCGAGACGUUCGCCGUCUUCGUGCGCGUGCUCGGCUGCUACGCCGCCGACUCCACCGUCUACGACCUGCAGUGACGAAUUUAGCUUAGCCAGUCUGCCGUGAUUUCCUCGCUGUUAAUUGGACGAAGCUGUCUGUCAGAUUCUAGCUAGUACUAGCAUUCAGAAAGCAGCUUCAGUUAGGUAGAUUAGUUGCUUGCUUAUGCGUAAUUUUUGUACAGAUGCAAUAAGAAUGUUCCUAUUGCUUAUGCGUAAUUAGGUUGAAGCUUGGUGAUGAUGCCAGCUGAAGGAUGUUUCUACUUUCUACUAAGAUGUAUUGUCGUUGUUGGUUAUGACUGGAUUAUCUCUUGUAAAUUUCUCGUGCUAUAGUUAUUGUUAGAAACUUUCA